AAGUAAAACAAUUGUGUGGUGAUUAAUCGAACUCAUCUAGUUGUGAUAUAAUUGUUGACGAAUGGUUUGAAUCUAAAAAGGGCUAUAGUAAAUUCGUCGAUACUCCUACCUCUAGGUUGGAAGGUCAUGACAUCGUUAGAGUACAUUAAGAAUUCGAAACCACAAGUAGAAGCACAAAAGCAAGUGAGGACUAAGGCGUCGGACUCAAACUUAUACGAGCGUUAAAAUAGAAUUCUCAAACUUAGUCUCAAACUUGUAUAGCUCUUUGAUUUCACCAUUUUCGCGGCUUCUUCUUCAAUUACACUCUCACACCAAUUCUAUCUUCCCUUCUCUUCGUCUUUGUUUUUUCAAUUUCCCACUUAAUUCAAGUUCCGGAAUCAUCUUCCCACCGGCCCCGAUUGACGUUUAUAGGGAAGUGCAUGAGCGGGUUUUUUUUAGUGGAAAAUGUUCAAUAAGUUAACCAAGCGUGGCUUUUGUACGGCAAUAUCAUCACGACCUUGGCUUUUUAUGGGGUUGGGAAACCCUGGAGAGAAGUUCAGAGGAACUAGGCACAAUUGCAGGUGGGCUUUGAGAUGAUUGAUGUGUUUGCUGAGUCUAUUGGAAUUUCAAUGAACAGGGUUCACUGUAAAGCUGUGUUUGGUGAAGGUUUUGUUGGAGACGUCCCUGUUUUUCUGGCAAAGCCUCAAACUUACAUGAACCUGAGUGGUGAAUCUGCAGGACCACUUGCAGCUUAUUACAAGCUACCUCUGAACCGUGUACUUGUGUUUCACGAUGACAUGAACUUACCUUGUGGGGUGCUUCGGCUUCAACACAAUGGAGGACACGACUACCACAAAGGGCUGAAGAGUGUCAUUUAUCAUUUUCGAGGGAACAGAGAGUUUGCUAGGUUAAGAAUUGGCAUUGGAAGGCCACCUGGUCAAAUGGAUUCCAAAGCAUUCUUGCUUCAAAAGUUCAACAACACUGCUCAAGAACGAAUUGAUACUGCAUUACAAGAAGGGGUUGGCGCAUUGAAGCUCCUAUUGUCUCACGGUUUGUCCGAGAGUGCAAGACACUUCAACCACAAACAAAAAUACAAGCAUAUAAGGCUACAAACCAUGCCAGUAUGAUGAGACUAUAUGGUGCAUAUUGCGAAUUGCCAUUGCUAACGAAUCAUACAAAUUCUUCCAAGACCUCACAGAUAAAAGGAACGAAGGCAGAGUGGAGCUUCUACUUCAGGUACACAAUGAUUUUGUCUUCUGAUAUUUAUGUAAUUAUUUUACAGCCGAUUGCCCUCUUGCAUUGUGCUUCAAUUUCAUAUCUUUAAAGUUAUAUAAAAAGAAUUUGGGAUAUUAUUACCAAUUUUCCUGUGUGAUUAUUCCAAGUCUGGAAGAUUCUAAUUCAGUUAAAAGACUAAUAUACCCUUUCUUUUUGGUAUUUUACCACCCUAAA